AUGAGCAAGCGCGUCAAAGUGCAGCUCCAGCACCACGAGGCGUUUGACGCGUUGGCUCCUGUCGUCGCGACGUUCCGGAACGGGCCACCGCCAUUGGAUCAGCGCAAGAACUUGGCGUUUGAAGUUUAUGAAAACCCGAGCAAGAAGCAGCGAUUGGUGCUUGCGAGCUCCGAGAAAGUGGCGUACCAAGGAGCGAAUUUCGGCUACUUGGGGGCAAGUCACGAUUUUGCCAACUAUGCAGUUGGCGUGUACGACAAGAAGACACGAGAGGUGCGACUGUGCAAUGUGAACCAGAUUUACGUCAUGCAGCAAGCUAUUAAGAACGCGUCGGAGAACGUGGAUGACAAUCGUGGACAAGACAAGAGCUAUAUGGAGCAACGACGGGAUCUCGUCGAGGUCUUUGGCAGCAAGAAGAGCAAACGCUUGCAGAAGAACCGAGAGGAGAACGUUGUGGACCUUGGACAUAUUAGUGGCGCGACGUCAGUUGCGCAGACGCUGAAAAAGAAAAUUUCGGCAGCGCAACGCAAGCUCGAGGAUGAGCGGGCAAAGGACGGGAAUUAUUCACGAGAAGGCGCGGCUCUUGCUGCUACGCGGAAUGCUUUGUUGCCGCCGUAUGACAUUGAUGCACCGACACCAGAGCAUGUCUACGACCUUACGAAGUUUAUGGAUAGCGCGGUCAUGGAUUCGCUGACGAUUAUGGCGGAAGAGGUGAUCGAGACGCUACAGACGACAAGUGCAGCGGAAUACGCGGCGAGUUUGAGCCUGGCAUCAUUACCUACGCGGCUGAUGGCAUCUCUUCCUGCCCCGUACAACGUCAACAAGAUGUGCCUCAUCGUGUACAUAGCCUACAUGAUUGACUUCUACAACGCGCGUUUCCCGCUACGCAAGUCAGCAGCCGAUUUCAGCGAAGAGAAGGGCAUUCCUCUCGUCAUUGUGCGCCAUUUCCUCGAGCUCUUUGCUGACGUGAGCGAAGGCAACAAUGGGCACCCGACGUAUUUCCAGUCCAAGGCCAUGAAAGACAAGCUCAGUCUGUACCUGAUCGUCGUUGCGCUUACUGUAAACGACUUCAGUCUGGACCUCACUGAGGUUGGCUCUGAUUUGAAGAAAGCUGCUGUCCAGAUACAGUCGUACGCCCGCCAACUUGGUUGCCUCGUCGAGAAGGUCAAGGCGGAAACGACAGCUUACGGUGUGGCGGCCAAGAAGCCUAUCAACCGGGCCGUGCUUUCGGUACCGCUACACUUUCCACUGCCAAAGCGCGGUGGUCCAGCCCGUCGAUAA